GUAAAAGGAAAAAAGGAAAAAGAAAAAGAAAGUCAAGAACAAGAGGAGCCCAUUUGUGUCCCUUGGUUUCUUCCAGUCAUCCUUGGAAGAGGAAAAAUGGUGUUUCCUCUGCUCAGAAUUUGAAGUUUCAGAACCUUAGGGCGAAGCUGAGACCCUUCCGGAGCCCGUGGAGCUUCAGAAACCGUCGACCAUGGCCACCGCCGGCAUCGGUACUUCACGCCCUUUGACUCUAUUGCUCUUUGUAAUCAUCAACUCACUUUCCAACACCAUCACCGGCGGAGGAGGCGUCUAUGCUGAUAACGGCGUGUUCAGCGUCAAAUACAAGUAUGCCGGACGGGAACGUUCUCUCAGUACUCUUAAGGCGCACGACAUCAGUCGUCAGCUUCGAUUUCUUGCCGGAGUCGAUAUCCCUCUCGGUGGUUCUGGCCGGCCUGAUGCCGUCGGGCUUUACUAUGCGAAAAUUGGAAUAGGAACUCCUCCGAAGGAUUAUUAUGUUCAAGUUGAUACAGGGAGCGAUAUCGUGUGGGUGAACUGUAUUCAGUGUAGGGAGUGUCCGAGGAAAAGCUCUCUUGGGAUGGAACUCACUCCUUAUGAUUUAGAGGAAUCCACGACUGGGAAAUUGGUUUCUUGUGAUGAACAAUUUUGCUUGGAGGUGAAUGGGGGUCCACUUUCAGGCUGCACUACUAAUAUGUCCUGCCCAUAUCUUCAGAUAUAUGGUGAUGGGAGCUCCACUGCAGGGUACUUUGUGAAGGACUAUGUACAAUAUGAUCGGGUUUCUGGAGAUCUUGAAACUACAGCUGCCAAUGGAAGUAUCAAGUUUGGAUGUGGUGCCAGACAAUCUGGGGAUCUAGGCUCAUCUGGCGAAGAAGCACUUGAUGGCAUACUUGGUUUUGGAAAAUCAAAUUCAUCUAUUAUUUCACAACUAGCAUCCUCAAGAAAAGUGAAGAAGAUGUUUGCUCAUUGCCUAGAUGGAAUAAAUGGGGGUGGUAUCUUUGCGAUGGGACAUGUUGUGCAGCCAAGAGUUAACAUGACUCCAUUGGUACCAAAUCAGCCACAUUACAAUGUCAAUAUGACGGGAGUACAAGUUGGUCGUGUCAUGUUAAAUAUUUCUGCCGAUGUAUUCGAGGCAGGAGACAGAAAAGGGACAAUCAUCGAUAGUGGUACAACCUUGGCAUAUCUUCCUGAGCUGAUUUAUAAGCCAUUAGUGACCAUGAUACUCUCUCAGCAACACAAUUUGGAAGUUCAAACCAUUCAUGGAGAAUAUAAAUGUUUUCAGUACUCAGAGAGGGUUGACGAUGGAUUUCCUCCAGUUAUUUUCCAUUUCGAGAACUCACUCUUGUUGAAGGUUUAUCCUCAUGAGUAUCUAUUCCAAUAUGAGAGCUUGUGGUGUAUUGGUUGGCAAAACAGUGGGAUGCAAUCUAGGGAUAGGAAGAACGUUACACUCUUUGGAGAUUUAGUGCUUUCAAAUAAGCUAGUUUUAUAUGAUCUUGAAAAUCAGUCAAUCGGAUGGACCGAAUACAACUGUUCAUCAAGCAUCAAAGUACAGGAUGAACAGACUGGAACAGUUCAUUUAGUUGGUUCACAUUACAUUUCUUCAGCCAACAGAUUGAAUACCAAAUGGGGCGUGAUCUUGCUAUUCCUAAUCUUGCUGAUGCACUGGUCAGCCCAUUUCAGAUGCUUUAGCUAACAAAGAAUACCAACAAACCAGAAGGUAAUAUUUUUAGAUUGAUAGAAUCAAGUACAGAAGAAAUCCUUGAAAUUUAACUGUAGAUGUUCAACUGAUUGCAGUUGUGUAUAAUGGAAGAGAGCGAGAGUGAGAGCGAGAGAUAGAUAGUUUCUCUUUGAAAGUUUCUUCUGCUGGGAAAUUUCUUUCCCCAGGAGAUUCUGAAACAUAUCAUCUCUGAUUGCUUCGUGUUUAGAUUUGUAAAGUGAAGCCUCUUUUGGCAAAAUUGAGAAGGUUAUGUCUGCAAAAAGAUUUGCAGACCCUCAGCAGUACAGUUUAUGACAGUAGAAAAAGGGGGGCAGGUAGUUUUGUGCACCCAAAAGUAUUUAUUCUACUUUGAGGUAUUGAUAGUUCUCAAGUUUUGGCCUUUUUGCCUUUUCGCAUUUUUGUUAAUGCUAAUUUGUAGAGAAAAAUUAUUGCUUAUAUAUAAUACAACAGAGUGGGCAUUAUGAUGAUGGAUGGCUUAGCUCGUUCAGCUGUGAUUGAGGUUUGUUCUGCCUAUUGCCUACCAGAUUUUUCU